CUGCUCCUGUUGCUAUCUUGCCAGUGCCUCUCUCCUGAGCUGAUCACACCCUCACCCACCCACCCACAAGCAGACAGACAGACAGCAAAGAGUAUCAGGUAGUUACUUUUCCUUUCAUCGAGUCUCCCCCUUGUGAGUUGUGGGUGUCGAUCAUCAGGCAGCUGAGCAACUCAAUAUGGACAACAAGAAAAUGGACAGAAUUUCCCAAACAACCUCUCGGAUCCCAAGACCCAAACUCUACGUGAAUUCGAUGCCAUCGACCAUACGCAGUUUCACACGUCCAAGAUAUACCCACAGGAGAGACCUGAGUCCAUCCAUUAUGAGUGGGAUUCAGGGGCAGAGGUUCCCGGAGCAGCCGUUUUCCGACUCUUCCAGCUGUCAGGAUUCCCUGGACAACCAGUCACUGGAAGAUUUCUGGUCGGAGGUGAAGCACAUCAAGGAGAGCCGUGGGAGUGAGGCUGACGAGAGCAGUGAUGUCAAAACCCCCGAUGAUGGAGAUCUGGAGGUGGAUUGGCUUCGCGACACAGGCUUGUCCACUCUUAUCAACGACAAUAGCCACGAUGAUGCCAGCCUGGUCCUGCUCUCCACCCUGACCCGUACACAGUCGGCCGCAGUGCAGCGCAGAGUGGACAACUACACCUUGUCCUUGCGGGUCAAGAACAAGCAGCCGGUACGUGACGUCAGGGACAUCUUUGCUGGCCCAAAGUUCUCGAGCCUGGACUCAGAACCAGACGACAAGCAUGGCUCCAUUAUUGACUCGUUGCAACAGAAACAGCAUCUUCUCCCAGGGGAAGAGAAAGGGGAAGCUUGCUCUGAUGAACACGAGAUUCCAUCGCCGACACAGUGCAAUCUUUCCAAAGAAGAAAUUGUGCUAUUUCAUGUUUCUUAUUCUGAACAAGCACAAAUUUUCCGAGACGAUCUCUGGCGAAAGAAAAUGUCACGAAAGAAAAACAAUGACGGGGAUUUGCCCCAAUACAGAAUACACAGGAACAAACUGGGAACGACCAGAAUGGAGGAUCUGUCGGAGCUGGACAUGAAGAAAGUUCGCACUCUGGCACUGAUCGAGCUGACCGCUCUCUUCGAUGUCUUGGACAUGGAGGUGAAGCGGCAGAAAACCACAAAGGUCAAAGUGCAAGAAAAUAAACUGUUUGGUGUGCCUCUCGCCCAGCUGAUUGAGAAUGAUCAGAAGAUUGCCCCCUGUACCAAAGUUCCUCUCUUUCUCAAACAGUUGCUCUGCUGUUUGGAAGAUAACGGCUUGGAAACCGAAGGAAUUCUUCGCAUUUCAGGGUCCCUUGCAAGAAUAAAGAACUUGCAACAAGAGCUUGAAUCAAAUUUUUACCAAAAUAAUUUUGACUGGAAGAAAGUUCAGCAAAAUGACGGAGCGGGCUUAUUGAAGAUGUUUAUUCGUGAAAUGCCCUAUCCCUUGUUGACCACAGAGUAUGUGGCAGCCUUUGCAACAGUCAGGAAUUUCACCGACCAGAUACAGAUGAUCCACGCUCUGAAUCUCCUGGUGGUGAUUCUGCCCGAUGUAUACCAGGCCACGUUAAAGUUGCUGCUGGAGUUCCUGCGCAAAGUGAUUGAGAAGGAGCAGAAAAACAAGAUGAAUCUCUGGAACGUUUCCACCAUCAUCGCACCCAACCUCUUCAUGCACAAAGGAAUCACCAACAAGAUGCCGGAGGGGAACGAGAAGCAGCAGGCGGAGCAAGCCGCCAACGUUGUCCGCAUGCUGAUCCACUACCAGGACCUGCUCUGGACGGUUCCGUGCUUCCUUGUGGCGCAGGUGAGGAAGCUGAAUGAACACAGCAGGAAGCACGAUAAACGUAUCAAGAACCUGCUGAAGAAGAUCCACGCGGACAAGCACGAAAGGCAACUUUCAGAGCACCAGUGUAACAAAGCAAUAAAAAUCCAAGCUCCACGUCUACUGAAGGGAAACAUGGAUAUCCAAUUGGAUCCCGAUACCACAACUCGGGAUCUUGUCCAGCAGUUUCGGAAGAAAUUGGACUGCAGUAACUGGACUGUUGCAAACACUGCACUUACAAACCGAAGUAACGACUCGACAGACAGCUCGGAGUUCUGCUUGUAUGAAGUGGGUGGUAAUAUCGGUGAACGGUGCCUUGAUCCAGACACACGUAUGUGGGACCUGUUCAAGGUCAACCCUCAAGCGGAGUGGGUCAUAAGACCAUGCGUUACAUUGUCAGACAAAAGCUAACUUCCUCUAAACCUUCACCAUCAACGUCCACGGCUAAAUAAAUAAAUACCAUCAGCGCUAUGGGUUGUAGUUUGUGACCAUAGUAGAGGUGAAGGAAGGAAAGGGCACAAGAUAUCUCUAUCAAGGCAAUCCAAGAAGCAAUGAAUCCAGCAGAGUACGUUAGCACUUUCAUGAGCAAAGGGGAUUUACCACUGAUUGAAAAUAAAAUAGACCAGCUGUUUUAUUUGAGACCUCUUGGCGUGUGAAGGUGAGAACUCGAAUCUUAUACGUGACAUAUUUAAUCGUGACUGUUUAUUGCCGUGAAGUUGGUUUAAACGCUGCCAAAUAUCACCAGGAACAUUUAACAUUCUGGAUCUGUCAUCAACGCUACUGUCUCUGCAGUCUGGGACAAAGAGCCUGACUAGUCCCAUACUUGCGGGCGGGCUAGCUACAGAGAACGCUGUCUUUACUAAAGUAUAAUGAAACACUGAUGAAGUUUGCAGGUUUUAUGAUGUACAAUAUAAUUUGCAGCCUGUAGCUGUGAGGUUUUGCUGAAGCACUAAAACCCACUUGUAGUUGAUGAAACUUUCCUGCUGAAAAUGUCGUUAUGUUUAUAUUUGUAUUUUCCACGUCUGCUCACUAGUGGGAUUUUUAAUAUUCUGUUUAAAUAACUAUUUUAAAUCUGUUUACUUGUGCCUGCUGAGGUGGUGGGUAUUUUAAGAAAAUGAUUAAAGAUAUAAUCUUUAUCAUAUUUUUGAUGCUAAUGUUUGCAAGAAUUAAUUCAUAAACAAUAUGUUGGAACUGUGCCCGCUUAUUCAUGUUGGAAUUAACACGUUUGAUUAAAGAGACAGAUCCACAAGAUUAUCUGUCACUGUUUAUCCUAUAACCAGGGUGCUGGAAAAUCAGUAAAUGCUGAUCCUGAGACGUGAACUUCAUGGUGGGAUUGUAAAUUCACACAAACGUAUGAAUCUGGGAUCGAUCAUUAGUAAAAUAAACCAAUCACUUAGUUUCUAAGAGAUUUUAGUUUCUAGUUUCUAAGAUAUUUUGCAACAACGAAUAUUAGUUGUUACAAAAUCCCACCUGGUUCACUGAUAUUCUUCAGAAGAGGAUCUCUGUCAUUUCCCCAGUAAAUGCAAUCCAGACACGGCAACCCCAACAAACUGCCCCCUUGUUCGAAACAAUAUAUAUAUAUAUUGGUUCGAACAGGAUCAACAUAUGUAUAUGUAUAUGUAUGUGUAUGUAUAUAGAUAGAUAUCAUGUUUUUAAGCAUGUGGCUUAUUCUUAAAACAAGUACAGAUAUAUAAUAUAACCACUAUUGGAGAUUACUUCUUGUGUUUUGGUGAUCAGUUCAGGAUGACUGAAGACCUUGAAUGUUCAUCCAUAGUUUAGUUUAGAGAUACAGUGCAGAAACAGGCCCUUCGGCCCACCGAGUCCAUACUGACCAGCGAUCCCCGCACACUAACACUAUCCUACACACACUAGGGGCAAUUUUACAUUUACACUAAGCCAAUUAACCUGCAAACCUGUAUGUCUUCAGAGAGCGGGCGGGAGGAAAUCGAAGAUCUCGUAGAAAACCCACGCAGGUCACGGGGAGAACGUGCAAACUCCGUACAGACAGCACCUGUAGUCAGGAUUGAACCUGGGUCGCUGGUACUGUAAGGCAGCAACUCUACCGCUGGGCCACCGUGCUGCUGUUGAAUGUGUGGCUGUAACUGCACUCUUGCCGUAGUCUAAAGUUGCAUUGGAGGGAAGGCAGUGGCGGACUUGUUGCCUCACAGCACCAAAGAACGGGGUUCGAUACUGACUACGGGUGCCGUCUGUACAGAGUUUGUACGUUCUCCCUGUUACCAGGUGGGUAUUCUCCAGGUGUUCUGGCUUCCUCCCACAUUCCAGAGGUAUUCCAGGGUGGAGAGAAGGGUUAGUGGAUGUAAUGGCAUCUGCUGGUGGGCUGGACCAACUGUGGUUCUUGGUCCCCAAUAGUCUAGUCCACAGUUUAAUCAUCAUAUAUAUAUAUAUAUAUAUAUACCAACAAUUGAACGAUGAAAUUCUUACUUGCUGCAAAUUAACAGACCCAUUAAUACCAUAACACAAAGAUAAAUAUAUAAUAACACAAUAAAUGAUCAGUGAUGCUAGGUACCAAGCCCAUACUAGUGUAAACUGUAGACUGUAUUACAACCAAACGCAGUCCAUGGAAGAUCACAGUUGCUGAGGUCAGUGUUGUGCGGUGUUCAACAGCCUGAUGGUUGCUGGGAAGAUGCUGUUCUUGAACCUGGAGGCCACGGUUUUCAGGCUCCUGUACCUUCUCCCCUGAUGGUAGCAGUGAGAUGAGAGUGUGGGUCUUUGAUAUUCUGCACAUUUUAAAUGUUUGAAAUACAUAUUAUAGGUAGUUAAUUUGCUUAAAUAACUGACGAUUAGAUUGUAAAGGAAGUGGAUCAUUCUAAUAUUAAAUGCUACUACUUCCAUGAAUGUUACAUUGAGAUUCCGGGCGAUUGGAAGACAAUUCUUGUGACAACUCCACUUACAUCUGUACCAAUAACACUUCCUCAGGUUAAUACUCUGAAAUACAAACGUUAGAUGCAAACAAAAUAAAGAAUUAUGUUCUAUUAAA